GUCUCUCCCCAGCCAUAGGUGCCCUCUGACAUGAGGCUGUCCUGGGGGCUCCUCCUGCUGGCAGCAGCCCUGGGGGGAGCGGGUGCUGCCCGCUGCCCUGCACCCUGUGUCUGCGACAACCUCCGUGCCCACGUCCUGUGCCUCAAUGGGAGCCUGGUGGCCAUCCCUGACACCAUCCCAGAGCUCACCAAAAAGCUAGACCUUCGGGGCAACAGCUUCUCGGUCAUCCCAGCAGGAGCCUUCCUUGCCACCCCCUACCUCACACACUUAGACCUGCAGCACUGCAAGGUGGAGAGGCUGGAGGAAGGGGCUUUCCGAGGGCUGGGAAGGCUGGUCUACCUUAACCUGGCCUCCAACAGUAUAGCCCUUCUCUACCAGGAAUCCCUGGAUGGGUUGUCCUCCCUCCAGCAGCUCAUCCUGGAGGGGAACCGCAUUGAGGAGAUCCAGCCAGGUGCUUUUGGCCAUCUGGGGUCCCUCACUGUCCUUGACCUGAGGGCAAAUGCCUUGGUCUACCUCCCAGACAUGGUCUUCCAGGGUCUGCAGGUGCUUAGGUGGCUGCGGCUGUCCCACAACGCCCUCCAUGUGCUGGGAAGCGAGGCCUUUGCUGCCCUGCCUGCCCUGCGUAGGCUGAGCCUGGACCACAAUGAGCUGCAGGCAUUGCCUGGCGAGGCCCUGGCCAGGCUGGAUGGGGCUACCCGGCUGGACCUGGGCCACAACCCCAUCACCUACGUGGCCGAGGAGGCCCUGGCCAUGGCCUCGCUGAGGCACCUCUUCCUGGACCAUGCUUCCCUCCAGGACGUGGCACCGGAUGCCUUUGCCCGCAGCCCCCAGCUGCGUGUGCUGGACCUCCGCGAAAACCAGCUGCAGGGGCUGCCACCCCUGGCCGGAGCCGGGGGGCUGGCGAGGGUCAGCCUGCAUGGGAACCCUCUGCUCUGCUCCUGCCUCCUGCGCCCCUUCCACAACUGGCUGACGAGGGCACGGGUGCAGGCUGAAGGUGCCUGUGCUGCACCCCCUGCCCUCCGAGGCCGGCCCCUUGACUCCCUGAAGCCCCCUGAGAUGAGAUGCAGUCGCCUCUGGCCACCCCCCAGCCCCAGCAGACCAUCAGAGCAGCCAAGGGCAGCUGGCAGCAGGCGGUGCCCCCAGGGGUGCGUCUGCUCCCCCGAUUUCCAUCAUGGGUCCUGUGAGAACAGGAACCUACAGAAGAUCCCCCGGGACUUCCCCGGGGACACCCGCCUUCUCGACCUGCGCAGAAACACCUUCAGGACAGUGCCACCAGAUGCCUUCCCUGGCCUGGAGGAGCUGGUGUCCCUCCACCUGCAGAGCUGCAGCAUCAGGGCACUGCAACCCGGGGCACUGCGGGGGCUGGAGAGCCUGGUCUACCUGUACCUCACCGACAACCGCCUCUCCACCUUGGCAGCUGCUGCCUUUGAGGGGGCCCCACAGCUGGCCUACCUCGACCUGGAUCGCAAUGCCUUCACCCGUAUGCCCGCGGGCGCCUUCCAGCUCCUGCCCAACCUCAUCUCCCUCCACCUGCAGCACAACGCCAUCGGGGAGCUGGCAGAGGGUGACCUGGCCGGAGCCAGGGGGCUGCGCUGGCUCUACCUCACUGGGAAUGCCAUCAGGCACAUCGCCCCUGCUGCCCUGGCUCCUGCCAAGAUGCUGGAGAAACUGCAGCUGGAGGGAAACCACCUGGUGGAGGUGCCCACAGCAGCCCUGCGGGGCCUGUCUGCCCUGAGUGAGCUAAAGCUGUCCCGAAACCCCAUCAAGCGCAUGGGGGAUGGUGUCUUCCUGCCGGUGGCCUCCAGUCUGCAGCACUUGUAUCUGGACAACACGGGCCUGGAGCAGAUUUCCCCUCAUGCCUUUGCUGGCCUUGGUCCCAAGAUCAGAAGCCUCUACCUGGAGAGAAACAAAAUGAGCAACAUCCCCGAUAUGAGCAACUUCACGAGUCUGGAGAUCCUCAACCUGCAGGAUGUACCUUUCCACUGCGACUGCCAGCUCCUUCCCCUGCGCAGGUGGAUCAACAAACUCAACCUCCGUGUAGGGGCCACCUGUGGGUCCCCUGCAGAAGCCCAGGGGCUGAAGGUAAAGCUUUCCACCACUUUCCAAACCUGCCCUGGCUGGGGCCGAGGUGAGGCUGGGGAAGCCAAUCCUGAGAAGACUAUGGCUGCAAGCAAGCCCAGCAAGAAAAAGAGAUCAGGAAAAUCUCCAGCCAGAGGCUUCAACAAGAGCAGAGCUUAAGGUUUCCUAAGGCGUGCAGGACAUAACAGAGCCACACUCACACUCUGGUGAGAGCAGUUUUUUCUAGACUUGUCCCCACCAUGGAG